GGGGGCCAUGGCAGCUUUCCACUUAGAUGUUUUCUGGAGACUGGCUGUUGGCAGCUGAAGGAGCCCCAGGGUUUCUGGGUGGCCUGGUUCUGCCUGUGGAGUGACUGAGCCUAGGGACCUAGUCCCGCCUCCAGCCUUCCCCUUGCUGCCUGCCCAGGCCCGCCUGCUCACCCCUGGGUAUGCUUCUUUGUCAGGAGAAGCAGAGGUGUGGACGCUGUGGAUGAAAUGUCUUUCCUCCAGGACCCAAGUUUCUUCACCAUGGGGAUGUGGUCCAUUGGUGCAGGAGCCCUGGGGGCUGCUGCCUUGGCGUUGCUGCUUGCCAACACAGACGUGUUUCUGUCCAAGCCCCAGAAAGCAGCACUGGAGUACCUGGAGGAUAUAGACCUGAAAACACUGGAGAAGGAACCAAGGACUUUGAAAGCAAAGGAGCUAUGGGAAAAAAAUGGAGCUGUGAUUAUGGCCGUGCGGAGGCCAGGCUGUUUCCUGUGUCGAGAGGAAGCUGCGGAUCUGUCCUCCCUGAAAAGCAUGUUGGACCAGCUGGGCGUCCCCCUCUAUGCAGUGGUAAAGGAGCACAUCAGGACCGAAGUGAAGGAUUUCCAGCCUUAUUUCAAAGGAGAAAUCUUCCUGGAUGAAAAGAAAAAGUUUUAUGGUCCACAAAGGCGGAAGAUGAUGUUUAUGGGAUUUAUCCGUCUGGGAGUGUGGUACAACUUCUUCCGAGCCUGGAACGGAGGCUUCUCUGGAAACCUGGAAGGAGAAGGCUUCAUCCUUGGGGGAGUUUUCGUGGUGGGAUCAGGAAAGCAGGGCAUUCUUCUCGAGCACCGAGAAAAAGAAUUUGGAGACAAAGUAAACCUACUUUCUGUUCUGGAAGCUGCUAAGAUGAUCAAACCACAGACUUUGGCCUCAGAGAAAAAAUGAUUGUGUGAAACUGCCCAGCUCAGGGAUAACCAGGGGCAUUCACCUGUGUUCAUGGGAUGUGUUGUUUCCACUUGUGUCCCUAAGGAGUGAGAAACCCAUUUAUACUCUACUCUCAGUAUGGAUUAUUAAUCUAUUUUAAUAUUCUGUUUAGGCCCAGUAAGGCAAAAUAGCACCAAAACAAGACUGACAAAAAUCUGAAAAACUAAUGAGGAUUAUUAAGCUAAAACCUGGAAAAUACGAGGCUUAAAAUUGACUGCCGGGCUGGGUGCAGUGGCUCACACCUGUAAUCCCAGCACUUUGGGAGGCCAAGGUGAGCAGGUCACUUGAGUUUGGGAGUUCAAGACCAGCCUGGGCAACAUGGUGAAACCCCAUCGCUACUAAAAAUACAAAAAUCAGCUGGGUGUGGUGGCUGGCACCUGUAGUCCCAGCUACUCGGGAGGCUGAGGCAGGAGAAUCACUUGAACUUGGGAGGUAGAGGUUGCAGUGAACCAAGAUCACGCCACUGCACUCCAGCCUGGGUGACUGAGACUCCAUCUCAAAAAAAAAAAAAAAAAAAUUGGUUGCUGUGCCUCAUUACAAAUGCAUAUGGUGUUUGAGUGCUGUUGUUUGAAAUUAUUUUUCUUUUUGGGUCUUCAAAAAUCCAAGAAAAGUUGAUGAUUGACUUGAAGAUUACAGAAUUUAAGGUUUUUUGGCAUGUAUGUUUUCUAUUAAUAACUGGUUAUACAAUGUCGAAGUAAUACUUUCAUAAUAGAAUUGACAUGCUCCGGGAUAGUUUAACAAAGGUAAAUUAUAAAGUGAAAUCUCUCGUUUCAUUAUCUUCCAUUCUAACCUCAGAGAUCUGUUUCUCUAGAAGAAGUGACCAUCUCUGCCUUUAAUAAAAUUAUGCAUCAGAAAUCA